AUGACAUCCACCCGCACUAUUUUAGUCUUCCAGCAUGAUGCCAAUCUCCAUACUCUUGAGACCACCGUGACGGCUGUUCUUCCUUUCAAUGCCCUCGAAGAGUCCAGUCGCCUACUCUUCAAAGAUGCCGGCGAGAAACACAUUGUCAUUGUUACCGAGAAAACUAUCUUCCAUCCCCAAGGUGGCGGCCAACCCUCGGAUACGGGCGUAUUGAAAGGCCAAUCUGGCGUUUUCACAGUCACGGCCGCUCGCACAGAUGCCCAUGGACAGGUGCUGCACCUCGGUCUUUUCGAGGGCACGUCCAUUUUUAACAAAGGCGACACGGUUGAGCAGGCAAUUGAUGUGGAAAAGCGUCUACUGUAUUCCCGGUUGCAUACUGCAGGUCACGUACUAGGCGCGUCAGUCCGGCACCUUUUGGAAAAAGAGAUUGAGGAUUUCGAUGAACUGAAAGCCUCACACUUCCCUGACUCGGCAGCAUGUGAGUUUCAAGGCUCAAUCGAAGGGAAAUGGAAGGACGCCAUUCAGAACAAGUUGGAUGAAUAUAUCGCCGCCAAAAUGCCUGUUCAGAUUGAAUGGUGGGGUGAAGAGGAUUUCCGUUCGCGUGGACUAGAGCGAUUGAUUCCCGAUCGCAGUUUGGUGCCCGCAGGUGAAAAGUCUCGUGUGGUGAACAUCGUUGGCGCUGAAGUGUACCCUUGCGGAGGCACACAUGUCGAUACGACAGAUUUGUGUGGACCUGUGGCAGUGAAGAAGAUCUCGAGAAAACAAGGAAACUCACGAGUCAGCUACGUGGUCGAAUGA